GCUUACAUAGCACCAGAGCCCUCCGGUUUCAAUCUCUUUCUUGUGAUCAUAUCUCAUAAUUUCAACUCAAAGAACCGAACCAAAGCACCAGAACAAUGCAGAUUACCCCUCAAUUGGAUUAUAUUGAAUAUACAUUGGAUUGGAUUGAACACACUUACUAAAUGGUCCCAUUCCUAAUUUUUUAAAUUUCGUGUUGGCUUACAAUUACACACUAAGGUCAACUUCGUAAAAUUUAGAAAAUAACAAAAGUUUGGUCUGUUUUUGAUUGUAAUACUCUUUUUAACGUAUCAAAGCAGCAAUUAUUGGAAUGUUCACCUUGAAAAUUGGUGAAUAUGUUGAAGAGACGUUUUACUAGAAGCAAAAAUAUUUGUAUAAGAUUAGUAAGUCCACCAAUAUAAAUAUAGGUGGCAGAAUUUCAAACAAUGGAGACGCUUGUUGCCAUAGCAAUCAGUAUACUGACAGCUAUAUUUGUGGCUGCGUUGGUUGGACUUAUGAUGAUAUGCAGGCACAAACAUUGCAGAAAAUCGGACCAUAUUUCGUCACAGCUUAGAGAAAACAGGCCAGAAAAUCAACUUAUUACCAACAUGGAAGUUGAUCAUCCCACAACUGAUUUGGAAUUGGAUGAUGUAACACCAAAUCUCGACAGCAUCCUGAAUGACAACAAUUGGGUCGACGAUGUCUCAGGUCUGGCACCACACUGUCUCGAGAUACUUCGCACUUGCCACCUAUUGACUGAAAAACUGGUUGGCAUGACAAUGGGGAGAAAUCAGUUUCCAGAAACUAUGACAGAUGUUGUUGUCGCAGCUAAGAGGAUCUCCCCUCGUGUUGACGAGGUUGUCAGAGCAACAUAUCCUCCCUUGGAUCCACGGCUACUAGAGGCAAGAUGCACUGCCCUUGUGUUGUCUGUCAGCCAUCUUGUUUUAAUCGUGAAGAACGCAUGCCGAUUGUCUGGUGUCUUAGAUUGGAUUGACCAAUCACUGGCUGACGUGGAAGACCAUCUUAAGGUACUACGUGCUGCCAGUGAAGCAUAUGAACAGAGCAACCGUAGUGGACAAGGGAGCCCAAGUAAUGGCACCAGCACCUUAUCAGCCGCACCACCAACUACAACAGAGCCCUCCUCCCCAAGCAUGUCUGCAAUCUCAUCUCCCCAACAUAGCCAGCAACUUCAACAGGGCAUCUAUGAGCAGAAUGUAUCACCUUUGAACAUUGAGACAUCACCUGGUUCCGUACCACACAGCCCUCCACAGUUGAAUUCCCCUGAUAUCAUGCCAUUGAAUUCAAUUACAAAUAAUAAUAAUAACAACCCAGAUGUAACAUGUUAAAAACCAAAUUAAUUCCAAGUAAACAACUGCCUCAAGCAGGCGUUUUCCUGACAUACUCCACCUUACAAUGGUUUUGAGGACUUGUCUCUGUUGGCCAAAUAGACUUCUACGCAGUUGGAAUUCGAUGUAACAAAAUAGCAUUCCAUGUUAUCAGCUUUAUAGGUGUGUAUUGUAAAAUGCUAAAGAUUCGAUGCAUAUAUCAGCCAUGCAUAUUUUUCCUCUCAUCCAUGUUUAACUCUUUUCUGCCCAACUGGUGUGAUUGUUGUGUUUACUGCAAUGUCUUGGCUUGAAUAUCUCUAUUUUUGCUGUAAUUUUGGCUUUUAAUUCAAAAGAAUUGAAUGUAUUUCCAUAUAUAUAUAUAUGUAUCAAUGACAAAAGUGCUUAUUGUAAUGAAACAUUUCCUAUAAUUCUGGGCAGGAAAGAGUUAAAAGCUAUAUCGCCUAAAUGA